UCUUAUAAAUUUAGCAAGUGAUUCAUACUCACACUAAAAUCUUCUGCUGUCGACGCAAUAUUGGUCAAGAAAGAAGCUUUCAUUGGAUUAGAUAGAGCUAGCUAGCUGCGUACUUGCUAGAUCAUGGAAGGAAUUCCCAGGAAAUUACUCAGUUAGUUUGAUUUAUCAAAACCUGAUAGCGGUCUGUUGCAAAGCAAAGAACUAUAUCAGUAUAUAUUGAAGACGAGUGUGUACCCGAAUGAGGCAGAAGUUCUCAAGGAAUUAAGGGAAAUUACUGCUGGCCUUCCAAUGAGUUUGAUGAUUUGCGCAGCAGAUGAAGGUCCCUUGAUGUCUUUACUUUUAAAGCUUGUCAAUGCAAAGAAGACAAUUGAGAUUGGAGUUUACACUGGAUACUCACUUCUUCUAACUGCUCUUUCUCUUCCCAACGACGGCAAGAUCAUAGCCAUUGAUGUGGAUCGCAGUUCAUUUGAGUUAGGACUACCGUUGUUUAAAAAAGCUGGAGUAGAUCAUAAGGUGGAGUUUGUCGAGUCUAUUGCGCUUCCUGUUCUUGACAAACUACUUGAAGAUAUAAAGAACGAGGGGUCGUUUGAUUACGCAUUCGUGGAUGCAGACAAGGAAAAUUACACACACUAUCAUGAGAGACUACUCAAGUUAGUUAAGGUUGGAGGAUUGAUUCUCUAUGACAAUACACUUUGGGCAGGAACAGUUGCUUUGGAAGAUGAUUCCUCCAUUGAUGAAUUUAUGAAGACCAUAAAAAAUGCAAUUGUUGACCUCAACAAGAGAUUAGCAUCUGAUUCUCGCAUCCAAAUUAGUCAACUUCCUGUUGGUGACGGUCUUACAAUGUGUAUGCGCCUUUGCUAAAAAUGUUAGUAUUUAGCAGCAGCUGAGAGUUGUUUCGGAUGUUUACUUUCUUUCUUUCUUUCAAGUGCAUACUUCAUUUUGAAUUUACGUUUUAAAAGAAGACAUUAUAACUAUGAUAGCAAUCCGUGAUGGUAAGUAACUAUGUGAUAUAUCGAGAUGAAAAAAAAAAUCCCAUUUUAUGAACAUUAACGGAUUUAGGUAAUAGAUCACAACCUCUUAAAAUAAUUUUUUUUCCUAAAUUUUCAUCUUCAUGAUAAACAUCAUCAACUAUAUAAUUUUGUAAUCAGAUAAGAAAA